AUGCACAUUCCAAAUACUCCACAAACACUUGUUUCCAACCUCGUCCAAAGAGACGUAAAGUCAACAGCAGAGUCCUUCAAAUCAUGGGACACGUGUAUGGACAACACAACGUGUAAGAUCGUCGCCAUUGUGGGGAUCGUGCUUGCCGUGCUUGUGGUGAUCAGCAUUCUCACCACGCUCUUCCGCUGCUGUUGUCUAGGUCUUAGCUGUGCUCAGGCUCUUUGCUGUUGUUGCAGCAGAGGUGGCGGCAGCAGAAGAAGAAGUGAACCUCGCCAGGUUACACAAGAUCCAUUCCACAACGCUAACAUGUACCCUAGAAGCCAGCCCAUGUCUCAGGCCCAACCCGCGUACUACCCAGUGGAUAGUUACGACCUGUACCACAAGCCAAGUCCAUAUAACGUGGGCACGGGCUAUCGUGCUACGUAA